AGGUGUGUUCAACAUGGUGCCGUGUGGAUGUCUCGGCGCUCCGUUUAGUCCUUGCAUGUCCAAAAGUCAUGGAUGAACCGAGCUGUGAACAAACAUACAGUAUUUGUUCGUUCAGUCAGUCAGCGCGGCGCGACUGUGACAAAGAAAUCACUGUAGCUGUGGAAUAAUUUCAACAGGAGAGAAAAUAGGUACCUACUGACCGGAGCAGGCCUUUGUCUGAUGGCCCUGUAAAACUGUGUGAUGUCAUGUGACGAGGUCUUCAGGUUUGGAGUCCAAAGCAAAGCAGACUGGACCAUCACACUGUCACCCUCCAAUCUCCUGUGGUCAGCCCCUCUGAUCUGGUGUCAAAAUGGCCUCAAAACGCGGAGACAUUCCAGCAGUUGAGUCUGGCAUGCCACCUGGACUCUUUGGUGCCUUUUCGUCUCCCAUUGGAAUAACUCGGCACAAUAUCAGCUAUGACGAGCACAUGGAUUCCCCCAUGCAUUCACCACCUACAGACUUCACUGUCAAAAUCUUAUGGAAAGACCCCGUGAUCCCACAGCACAAGUUCAGGAACACUGCAGAGGAAGGCGAGAGCGGAGGGAAGUUGCUGACUUUUGAGGCACCAGUGCCAGCCAAGUCCCCAGUGCCUGUUGUGAAAGCCAAAGCCACCACUUUAAUGAGCUCUCUUAUGAUCAAGCACACCCAGGAGAACCUACAGAGGUUUGAGCACCAGGCAGGGCUGACAGAUGCCGGGUAUUGUCCCCACAAGGGGCUCUCUGCUGAGGACACCCGCUUUCACCGACUUGGGGAUGGCACACUGCCGAAGUUGAGAAUGCCAAGCGGGGACUUCAAGGAGGACAGGCUUACGACAUCAGCACAAUCCACCCCAACUGGCACCCCUUCUGUCACCCCCUCCGUCACCCCCUCAGUCACCCCCUGUGUUAGUCCCCACGCAUCACCGGCUCUUACUCGCAGGAGCUGGUUCCAGCUGAGUCCUGCGCCUUUUAUUGCCACCCCAGAACUCAGCAGUCCCAACCCUAGCACAGACAUGGGAGGAAAUGAGGGAGCAGGAGGAGAGAGGUGGAGCUUCUUUGGAACUCGAUCUGUAGUACAGAAGUCCCCCACUGACCCAGGCUCUGACACAAGCACAGGCUUCUCGCUGCAGUCCUACUUUGGGAUGCAGAAGUCCUCUACCAUGGAUGGCACCAACAGCCAGGUGAACUUCAAGGUGGAGGAUCCUGCCAACUUCAUGCCCCCCAAAAUUGAAAUCUCUGGCAUUGAGGCCAAGCGGGCGCCUCCACGGCCACACAAACUUAAACCUCGGGACAUGAAUGUUUUAACACCUUCAGGCUUCUGAAGCCGGACCAGCUGUGUAGUUACACCUCUUACUCAGCUGUGUAGUACCACAUCUCAUUUUCUCUGACCAUCUGGUUUCUCAUUUGUUUUCCUGACUUCCUCUGUCCCCUCUGUCUCCCUCCAACUUUGCUGAGGCCGAGAGGAAUGAGGACCAUUUCCACUUAUAGUAUUAGCUCACCAGCCCCAGAGAUGACAUCACACCUCCCAGUGGACCUAAACAAAUGGGUUGCUCUCUUCUUUUCAUCCACGCCAUCCCCUUCCUAUACCUUCCAACUCAUUGGUCCAAAUAAAACACUGAAUGAUGUAACUUAAUUUGCCAUCCCAAAAGAUGCCACUGCUUUGUAUUAUUAUUGUUCUGUUAUGUAAUUGGUGCAUUGGCAUGCAUUGCCUUGCUGUCCUCGUUCCAUUGACUGUAUUGGCACGAGAUUGAAGUUGUUGAAAUAUCUUGUCAGUCCUUUGCUCUUUAGCACUGCUUCUCAUAUAAAAACUGACCAGCUAUUUCACAUUAAGCUCAGUUGCCUCAUUUGUAUUAUUUUUAUUUUAGAUAACUCACAGAUCUGUAGUUGUGUAGUGCUUUUCUCUGUUAGCAUGCAGGGUGUAGUGUGGUAUGACUGUGCCUAAACUUGCGUUUGCCAUCUAAGCUCAGCAUUUGGUUGUUGUUUUUUCACUGCUGACCUGAAGUGAAUUUUUUUUUAAUUGUAUUUUCAACACUUUUCAUUCUAAAUGGUAGUUGGUAUGUCUGGUUUAUCACAUUUUUAUAUUGCAUCGUGAUAUUGUUUCACUGUGCUAUAAAAAUACAAAGCAUUGAAGUUGUCUAUUUCAAUUUUGCAUUUUGUUGUCCACAAUCCAUGCUGUUUGAUUUAAAAGAAAAGGCUCAAUUCCAUUAAGUAAUUGCACAACGGAGAUCGGCUCCCACUUACAUCUGUAAAUAAAUCUGAUACUAACAAGCGAAAA